AUCGAAUUAAAAAUGACACACAGGGAUAUGGAUGCUCCUCCUUUGAAUGAAGAUGAAUUAAACGAAAUUUACAAUUGGGUUGAUACUAUACCUUUAUCGAGACCUAAGAGACACAUAGGAAGAGAUUUUGCAGAUGGAGUUUUGAUGGCUGAAAUAGUUUAACAUUACAUCCCCAGAAUAGUUGAUAUACAUAAUUAUAGCUUGGCUCAUUCUGUUUAAUAAAAGUAAUACAAUUGGAACACUUUGAAUACAAAGGUAAUUAUAAACAUCAAAUUAUAGGUCUUUAGGAAGAUGGGCUUCUAAAUUACUUAAAAAGAUAUCGAUGCUGUUAUUUCAGUUGUACCUGAAGCAGUCGAAAGAAUUCUCAAAGUUGUUUAAGUCAAAAUAUCAAUGUUUUUGGACAACAAGGAACAAAAUUAGAUUCAUCAAUAAGAGAAACCCAUUGAAGUUUAGCAAAAUUAAAAUCGGGUUAACAAUAAAUAGGCACCAAAUAACAAAUAAAAUGAGAAAGAUUUGAUUAUCCAGGAUUAGAAGGAAACCAUAGAAUUUCUAGAACUCAAAAUAUAAAAAUUAGAAUAACUUCUAAAAUUAAAGGAUAGUAAAAUAUAAUAGUUAAUGUAAAAAGUCUAAUAAGCUGGAAUAAAAUGA